AUGAAAAAACACGAUGACAAAAUUUACCAAGAAAUUCAAAAUGAAGAAGAAUAUAAACAGCUUUUUAAUGAAAAAAAUGAUAUGCUAUAUAUCAUUGAUGUAUAUACUAAGUGGUGUGGGCCAUGUCUGAUUACUUUUGAAAUAAUAAAUAAAAUUUAUAAGCACAAUUAUGUUUUUUGUGAAAGUGUAAAAAUAUUUUCAGUAUGCGCAGAAACUGUUGCAUCAUUAAAAAAUUACGAUAACAAUUCAAUGCCUUUUUAUAUUAUAUUAAAAAAUGGAGAAAUAAUACAACAAGUACAGGGAUCCAAUACGCCGUGCAUUUUCUCUCUCAUAAACGAACACUUGGCUAAUAAAAAAUUGAAUUAG